GGAUUGGUACAGUCACCCACUGCUCUUUAUUUCCAUGUCCCUUAAAUAAUAUAAAAGGAAAUUACGGUCAAAUGGGUCUCUCGGCCAUUGCUGGACACACUCUCACUCGUUUCUCCGCUCCCUUGUCUACUUCCUCAUCUUUUGGUACUCUCUUCUUCGGGCGUAUCCGCAGAGGAAUUCUCGGGCAAUUGCCGACCCGAAAGCAGCAGAAGAAGUAUUAUAAGAUAAUGUCUUCUUCAUCAUCGUCGUCGCAUCCAGAAGUCGAGGCGAAGCAAGACCAAAUUGCAGCUCCUUAUGGCUCUUGGAAGUCCCCAAUCACCGCCGAUGUUGUCUGUGGUGCAUCCAAGCGUCUCGGUGGUACUGCCGUUGAUUCCCAUGGCCGACUUAUUUGGCUUGAAUCGCGUCCCUCUGAAUCAGGACGAGCUGUUCUUGUAAAAGAACCGGAGAAACCAGGAGACGAACCUGUUGAUAUUACGCCCAAGGACUUUGGCGUACGGACACUGGCUCAGGAGUACGGAGGGGGUGAUUUCAGCGUUCAUGAGGAUACUGUUAUUUUCUCCAACUAUAAGGACCAGAGACUUUACAAGCAGCUUAUAAAUUCCAAAGAUUAUUCUCCCGUACCACUCACUCCAGAUUAUGGUGGGCCAGUAGUGAGUUACGCCGAUGGAGUUUUUGAUACGCGCUUUGGUCGUUAUAUUACUGUCCGAGAAGAUCGUCGUGAAAGCAGCAUAAAUGCAACAACAGCGGUUGUAACAGUGAGGCUGGGCAACGAGAAUAUUCAGGAACCGGAAGUACUAAUUGGUGGAAAAGACUUCUAUGCCUUCCCUCGUCUGGACCCCAAAGGAGAAAGAAUAGCAUGGAUUGAAUGGAGCCACCCGAACAUGCCAUGGGAUAAAGCAGAACUCUGGGUUGGCUAUAUUUCUGAUAAAGGAGAGAUCUACAAGCGCAUCUGCAUUGCUGGAUCUGAUCCUACUGUUGUGGAGUCGCCAACUGAACCCAAGUGGUCCUCUAGUGGGGAACUGUUUUUCAUAACUGAUAGAAAAUGUGGGUUUUGGAAUCUCUAUAAAUGGGUUGAAUCUGACAAUAAAGUGUUGUCAUUGUAUUCCUUGGAUGCGGAGUUUUCUAGACCUUUGUGGGUUUUUGGUAUAAAUUCAUAUGAAAUAAUCCAGAGCCACGAAGGAAAAAAUUUAGUUGCUUGCAGCUACAGACAGAAAGGGAGGUCCUAUCUUGUAAUUGUGGAUGAUGUUCAGAGCACCUUAUCAGUUCUUGAUAUUCCGUUCACUGUCAUUGAUAAUAUUACCUCAACAGACCAUUGCUUAUAUGUGGAAGGAGCAUCAGCAAUUCACCCAUCAUCUGUUGCUAAGGUUACUUUAGAUUCCUAUAAAUCAAAAGCAGUUGAAUUCAAGAUUAUUUGGUCGUCUUCACCUGAUUGUUUAAAAUACAAGUCGUAUUUUAGUUUACCUGAGUUAAUUGAAUUCCCAACUGAAGUUCCUGGUCAAACAGCAUAUGCAUACUUUUAUCCACCAACUAAUCCCAUUUACCAAGCAAAUGAAGAAGAGAAGCCUCCACUGUUAUUGAAAAGCCAUGGAGGGCCAACAGCUGAAACACGUGGAAUAUUGAAUUUAAGCAUUCAAUAUUGGACCAGUCGGGGCUGGGCUUUUGUUGAUGUUAAUUAUGGCGGCAGCACAGGUUAUGGCAGAGAAUAUCGAGAACGGCUUCUGGGGCAAUGGGGAAUUGUGGAUGUCAAUGACUGUUGCAGUUGUGCUAAAUUUUUGGUGGAGUCUGGAAAGGUAGAUGCAAAACGACUAUGUAUUACUGGGGGCUCUGCUGGUGGAUACACGACCUUAGCAGCUCUUGCAUUCAGAGACACAUUCAAGGCUGGUGCUUCCUUGUAUGGUGUAGCCGACUUAAAAAUGUUGGCAGCGGAGACUCACAAAUUUGAAUCUCACUAUAUUGAUAAUCUUGUUGGUAGCAAAAAGGAUUUUUUUGAGAGGUCGCCGAUAAACUCUGUUGAUAAAUUUUCUUGUCCCAUUAUUCUAUUUCAAGGAUUGGAGGAUAAGGUUGUACCCCCUGAUCAAGCUCGGAAAAUAUACCAGGCAGUGAAGGAAAAGGGCUUGCCUGUUGCUCUUGUUGAGUAUGAAGGAGAACAACAUGGUUUCCGCAAAGCUGAAAACAUAAAGUUCACACUGGAACAACAAAUGGUUUUCUUUGCACGAUUAGUCGGGAACUUCAAGGUCGCAGAUGACAUUACUCCAAUCAAAAUCGAUAACUUUGACUGAGGAUUUCACAUGGAGGAACUUUGUCUAGCUGCUCCCUUGUUGGAGAACUUUAAAAUGACACUGAAGUUCUUGGACACCAAUAGAAUCGCUACACUUGUGUAAUGCCUUAUCUCGUUUAAUACCUUGUUAUUUUGAAAAUCUGAAACGGGCUCUCAUUCGUAUGCUAUGACAAUAAAUCAUGAGUUGCUACC